AUGUUACCAAUUUAUUUCAUUCUUAUGCCCUACAGUGCGGGUAUUGUGAUGAUGUGGUCAAUUGCACCACAAAUACAACAGAUCUUGAAAAUGGAUGCAUCUUACAACGAUGUAGGGCCAAAUCGCUGGUUUCAACAAAUUCAACAAUUUCAACAUAAUCGGAAAGCAAAAUCAGUGGACAUAGUUUUGAAGCUGAAAAAUCCAACAACUACCCGAAAAUUUGUGGUUUCAAGAACUGCGUACUUAACGACAUAUAUUCGUGUUUUGCGUGAAGAAAUACUCAUUCUUCUUCAGAAAGACUACAGUGGAGAAUAA